CGCAAGACGGCGAAUCUACGGCGCGCCACUUGUGACCAAGAUCAUCACAAGCGGAGGCGGACGGCUCCCCCUGUGCGGUAGUAAGUCAUGAUCUACAGUUGGUCAUAUCAAUGUUAAGAAUGGAUGGGGAAGAAAAUGAAAAGGAAGAUGAUGUUGAUGAGCGCUUACAAACUGUGCUGACAGAAGAAUCCCAGAGAAAGACAUCAGGAGAAAAUGCUGGAUGCAACUCUUCAUCUCAGCAGGAAACAAGGCUUCUAUCAGGUGAAGUGCUCAGGGACCCUGAAAACAAAAGAAAAGAGAAUGGCACAAAUGAAAAGGCAAUGUCAGGAUCACCGAACCCGGAUGUUGUUGCAGCAGACAAACCUGAAAAUGUCUCUAGAAAAAGGAAGAUUUCUUCAGAAGACAUGGAACAUAGUGCAAGGAAAUUGCACAAAGUAUCUGGAGAACCAGGUAGUGUAGCUGGAGCUGUAAAGGAGGAAGGAGUCGCCACUUGUCUUGGUGAUGAUGUAUUUAAUUCAAAUUUCCUGUGCCUACAUUGUGAUUUCAAAUGUGCUGAUGGUGCCAUGCUGAAAAUUCACAAGGAAAACAAACAUUCACAAGAGGUGCCAGAUGUUGUUCCUGAUAAAUUAGCUUCUUCAGAACAAAUCAUUGUUGGCUGUACACCUGGGAACACAGACAAAGAUCUUAAAGGCAAAAUGAGUGAUCAGUGUUUACCUUCCUGCUCUCACAUGGAAAAACAUAAACAAGAAACCUCCUCUAAACAAUCCAAAGAGCAAACAUUUCUUCACUCAAGCUUCACAGCUGAAUGUAGUUCAACAUUACAUAUGCAUGUUAAGCAAGAUCACGAGAAAUCCAAGAUAUUCUGUUGUGAUCUUUGUGGUUUUCAGAGUAGUGAGGAAGAUCUCCUAAAUUCUCAUUUGCUUGGCAAGACACACCUUCGACGCCAAAAUCUUGCUGCCCGGGGAGGAUUUGUACAGAUACUGACAAAAAAAUCCUUUAAAAAACAACAGUCUAAUGCAAUCAAAGAGAGGAAAAUCAGAGCAAAACCUGGGAUGAGUAAAUUAAGGGCAAGAACUGCUGGUGCAAAAGAAUUAAGUGUUUGCAGUGCGCUGAAAGGCUCAAAAGUAAGCUUGCCUAAACAGAAUGAUGGCACUGAACUUGCUGAAAUGAUACCAUCUUCAGAUAUUCCCACUGAAAAAACAGAUACUAUGACAGAAGAAACAUUACUUUCUUCUGGUGUAGAAGGAAAUGAAGUCCGUACAGAAAAAAUAGAAGUACCAGCACCCUCAGAAAAUACCGUGCAGAAACCAGAACUCCCUCCGAAUACCAAAAAGCUAGUUACCAGCUUAAACAUGGCAAGGAGAUUUAAUAGAUUGGAAUGCAAAAAAAAAAAUAUUGUCUUGUUAAGGUCUUCAUUUGGUCAGAGUAGGUCUUUUAGAUUAAAAAGACAGGUAAAGAAAAGGUACAGUUUGUUGGGUAAUAGUAAGAGAGGCAAGUCUGAAACUCAGAGAGUACUCAUGAAGUGUAUCUCCAGCACACAGCUUAAGCCUGGUGAUUCAAGCCCUGUGUCACAUACAGAAUUAGAAACAGAUGCUAAAAGCAAUUGUAAUACUGCUUCAGAAAUUCAAAGUCUUACUGAAGAUAAGCCAAACACUCUUUCUUCCAGCACUGCAGACCCUAAAGAUUCUGACCUUAAACUUUCUGCUGAUUGUGCUGUUCUUCAUACAUGCAUUGACUGUGGCCACGUUUUUCAGAACAGGAGAAGUUUGGAAAAUCAUGUUGCAAAGCUUCAUACAGAAAGGAUCCAGUUUCAUUGUCAGAUGUGUAGUUAUUCCUCUGGCGUCAGGGAAGACAUGGAACAACAUUGUCAGGACAAUAAACACCAGAUGGGUGGUUGUAGCUUUAAUUGUCAACUCUGUUCAUUUAGCAGCUUGAAUGUGAUUAGCCUUCGAAGCCAUAUGAGUGAAGUGCAUAAUAUGUCCUAUAGUUGUCCAGCUUGCAUUCUGCUUUUUCAAACCGAGGAAGAGCUGAAAAAUCAUCAAAAAAAUGAGAAACAUGAUGGUUCAUUAUUUCAGCAAGCCACUCCAUUGAGUAACAGUGAUCAGACCUUGCAAGCAGUACUUUACGCUGACUCAGUAUCAAACAAUAGCCAAAAUCUUGUAAAGGAAACAGAGGUAUCAAUAAAAGGAAAAACUCCUGACUCUUCCUUCAUAAAUCACAGAAACGAACCAAAGCAUUCAGUUCUGAAUAAAACUCAAUUUCAAUGUAAAAAGUGUUUUUAUAAGACAAGAUCUUCCACAGUUCUUACAAGGCACAUAAAACUCCGACAUGCACAGGAGUAUCACUUCCUUUGCAAAGCUUGUAAUCUCUACUCACUGAGUAAGGAAGGAAUGGAGAAGCAUAUCAAAAGAAGCAAGCACCUUGAAAAUGCUAGGAAAAACAACAUUGGACUACGGUUUGAAGAAUGUAUUGCAAAGGUUUGUGUUGGUGUUGGUGGUAUUAAAACAGUGGUGGAUCCUUCCAUUUCUGUGAGUGGGAAUAUAGAGUUAGAUAAAGAAAUUGUACAUGUUUCAUCCUCUUCUGUAGAAAAUGUACCGAGAAAUAAGGAAUUCAUUCCACUUGAUCAAAAGAUUGCUGAAAAUGAGUUGGUUUCAGCUAAUGCACCAAGAAGAGGGAAACCCAAAGGCACUAUAUCAAGGACAUGUACCCAUUGUGGUCUUUUGGCCUCCAGUGUUACGAAUUUGACUGUUCAUGUCAGACGAAAGCACAGCCAUCAGUACAGCUAUUUGUGUAAGGUUUGUAAUUAUUACACUGUAACCAAAGGAGAUAUGGAACGUCACUGUGCAACCAAAAAACACAAAAGUCGUGUUGAAAUAGAAGGACAUGGAAAGCAGAACUCAGAGAUCAUCAUUAGCCCUGGAGGAGGUAAUUCAGAAUUCAUGAGCAAGAAGGUUAACAGCCCCAUGGCUGCUUUGUGUGAACAUGCUGAGGAUGGUAACCAGUCAUCAGAUUUGGAGAAUUCUGUUGUAGACAAUCCGGAAGUUGAGCAAGGAGAUGCUGAACUACAAGGUGUAAAUGCCAGUAGCCUCCCAGAUUCAGACCAUGCUAUCAAUACGUUAAAUACAAACCAAAGUAUAUUUCUGGAGCCAGUGAGGGUUACUCAGGAUGAUGACCCAUGCCUCCAGAAAAGAGCAGUGAAUGCAAACAACAACAGAUGCUUACACUGCAGCUUCGUUGCUCAUUCUUCUUCUUCCUUAGAGCUGCAUGUGAAGCGAAAGCAUACAAAACAAUUUGAAUACUACUGCAUGGCUUGUGACUACUAUGCUGUUACUCGCAGAGAGAUGAUUAGGCAUGCAGCAACAGAGAAACAUAAAAUUAGAAGAGAAUCUUAUGUUUAUUCUUCUUCUGGGGAGGAAGCAAACACAGCAAAUACCACUAAAGAAGGCACUGCUUUGUCUCAAGAGGAGCACCAUCACAGUGCAGGAGAAAUGAAAGCUGGUUUAGGUGAAACCAAAUGUGCCAAUGACACAGCAGGAGGUGAUGAAAUCAAUAGAAGCUUAACUGAGUGUGUUGUCUUAGAUGAAAAUGUGACUCCAGGAAUGCCUAAAGGUGGCAGUUCCAAAAAUGCAGUGGAAGGUGAAGUUGAAGAGGAGUCUAAAAAUGAAGAGGACCUUUUUUGUGAAGGAUUCCAGCAGGCUCCUCAGAAAUUUGAAGCUGUUGAACUUGACAAAGAAGUAUCAAUUAAAGAAACAGGUUCUUGUGACCUGCAGAAAAGUAGGCAUGGUCAGGAGCUGCUCAACUCAGAUGGUGACUGCCCUGCAGAAAAUCAAAAUAGAUCAAGCAGCACAAACUUGAAUUCAGGAGAAGAUGAGGGAAGUUUAGAAGCAAAUAGAGAAACCCCUGAAACAGGGUGUAGAAACACAGACAGUAUCAACAAAAUACCACGGAAAAAGAAUAACCUACUUAUGCUAACUCUUCCAGAAACAAGUAGUGCAGUGGAGCAACCAAAUUCUGUUGGAACCGUUGGAGAAAUGGUACAAAAUAUACAGAGUUUAGUGGGUGACAGAAGUUUCAAAGACGAUCCUACCAGGGAGGCAGAAGAAGCCCUUAUGGAAGCACCACAUGAGGCAGAAGUAACUAUAAAUAACAGCGUUUGGGAGGCAGAUGGCUCAACAGCUGAGGGCAUGCAAGAAAGUAAUAAUGAGGCUUUAGGAACAGUUAUCAGUGCUGAUGAUAAAGGAAAGGCAACAAACAAUUUUGCCAAGUUUGAUUCCUCUAUAGUGAGGUUAAAAAGCCAUCAAGAUGGGGAGGCCACUGACCAGUCUGCUGAAGGACAGCUGUCAGGUGGAGUGAGAUCUAGUGAGCUCAUGGUGAAAGCUGAGCCUUCACCAAGUGGUGGCAAAAAGAAGAAGUCAGAAGGAAUUUCCCUUGGGGAAUCAACACGUAUUCGCUGCGAUGACUGUGGUUUUCUAGCAGAUGGCUUAAGCGGACUAAAUGUUCACAUAGCCAUGAAACAUCCUUCAAAAGAAAAACAUUUUCAUUGCUUACUCUGUGGAAAAUCAUUUUACACAGAGAGCAACCUUCACCAGCACUUGGCCAGUGCCGGGCACAUGCGAAAUGAGCAGGCAAGCGUGGAGGAGCUACCCGAAGGAGGUGCUACCUUUAAGUGUGUGAAGUGCACAGAGCCCUUUGAUUCAGAGCAGAGCCUGUUUCUCCACAUCAAAGAGCAACAUGAAGAGCUGUUGAGGGAAGUAAAUAAGUACAUUGUGGAAGACACUGAACAAAUAAACAGGGAGAGGGAAGAGAACCAAGGCAAUGUCUGCAAAUAUUGUGGGAAGAUGUGUAGAAGUAGCAAUUCCAUGGCCUUCCUAGCUCACAUCCGUACCCAUACAGGAUCAAAGCCAUUCAAGUGCAAGAUAUGCCACUUUGCAACAGCUCAGCUUGGAGAUGCCAGAAACCAUGUCAAGAGGCACCUUGGGAUGAGGGAAUACAAGUGUCAUGUCUGUGGGGUGGCGUUUGUGAUGAAGAAGCAUUUGAACACUCAUUUACUGGGCAAGCAUGGAGUUGGCACACCUAAAGAAAGGAAAUUUACAUGUCACCUGUGUGACAGGAGCUUCACGGAGAAGUGGGCGCUGAACAACCACAUGAAGCUGCACACAGGAGAGAAGCCAUUCAAGUGCAUCUGGCCCACCUGCCAUUAUUCUUUCCUCACAGCCUCUGCCAUGAAGGACCACUAUAGGACUCACACAGGCGAGAAGUCGUUCCUCUGUGACCUUUGUGGCUUUGCCGGCGGGACACGUCAUGCCCUCACCAAGCAUCGGCGGCAGCACACAGGAGAGAAGCCAUUCAAAUGUGAUGAGUGUAACUUUGCUUCCACAACCCAAUCGCAUCUGACACGACAUAAGCGUGUCCAUACUGGAGAAAAGCCUUACAGAUGUCCCUGGUGUGACUACAGGUCUAACUGUGCUGAAAAUAUCCGUAAGCACAUCUUACAUACAGGAAAGCAUGAAGGAGUAAAAAUGUAUAACUGCCCUAAAUGUGACUACGGGACCAAUAUCCCUGUGGAGUUUCGCAAUCACUUGAAAGACCUACACCCAGACAUUGAAAAUCCUGAUCUGGCCUACUUGCAUGCUGGCAUCGUGUCUAAGUCCUAUGAGUGCCGACUGAAGGGGCAGGGAGCAACCUUCGUGGAAACUACAAGUCCUUUUACUGCAGCAUCGCUGGGAGAGGUUUCUCCAGUUAAAGAGAAGGUCUUUCAGGGCAGCAGAAGACAGCCACAGUCACCUGAAGAGGUUCAGCAAGUUAUCAUUAUUCAAGGAUACGAUGGUGACUUUGCAAUUGAUACCUCUGUGGAAGAAACAGCAGCAGCUACCCUUCAAACUCUAGCGAUGGCUGGCCAGAUGGCCAGGGUGGUCCAUAUUACAGAAGACGGGCAAGUCAUAGCCACAAAUCAAAACAGCUCACACAUGAGCAGUAUGGUUCCAGGGCAGAUCCUUACUGAGCAGUUAGCAGAUGGUGCAACACAGGUGGUAGUGGUUGAAGGAACAGGAGCUGAUAUGGAAGAGGCCGUUCAAAUAGAUGCAGUUGCUGACUCCAGUAGCACUGUGCUGCAGCAGAUAAUGCAACAAGAAGUUCUAGAAGCGUCCGAAGCUACUGUCCAUCCUCCAGACUCUUCCUCAGCGUUAGAUGCCCUUCUUUGUGCUGUCACAGAGCUGGGUGAAGUGGAAAACAAAUCUGGACUCCUUGACAGAAGCAGGUCUAGUCACAAAGAUUUCUCGCAGAUGCCAAACCCAGAGACGCCCAGCGCUGCCAGUGAUGCAGAGGGACAAGAAAUACAAAUGUUCCACGAGGUUCAAGAGGCUCAGGAAGGCACCGAACCUAUGGAAGUAGUGACACAGGUCAUGCACCCCUCGGCUAUAAUUGCAUCUCAGGAGAGAGCUCAGGCUGCUUUCAAGAAAAUGGUCCAAGGAGUAUUGCAGUUUGCUGUAUGUGAUAGGGCUGCAGCCGACCAGCUGAUGAAAGAAGGUGUCACUCAGGUAAUUGUAAAUGAGGAAGGGACUGUGCAUAUGGUAGCUAGAGAAGGCUCUCAGAUAAUUAUGCAGGAAGCUGGCGGCCACGCGCUCAGUGUCCAAAGCGAGCACAUGGAUUUAGUUGAGUCAAAUGGGGAAAUAUCGCAGAUUAUUGUCACAGAAGAAAUAGCACAAGCCAUGGUUCAGGGUUCUGAUGGUGACUUCUCUGAAGGUGCAACCCACUACAUUGUCACAGAAUUACCACCAGACAUGCAGGAAGAACCUAGUGUGUACUCACAUGCUGUGAUAGAGACAGCUGGGUCUCAAGAGAUUUUGCAGGCUGGUGCUGCUAUGAAAGCAGAACCAAUAUCCCCUGAUAGAGCAGGAGAGCAGUUAACAAGCAUCGUCAUUUAUGAUGAUGGCUCACAAGUAAUUCAAGGCCAGAGAGAGGAUAACGAAGUAUAAGAAGCAUAAAGAGCUUCACCUCCUAGGCUUGAUGCAGAGCAAAGCUGGAAAUUGCCAGAUCCACGGAGGCACUCUACUCCUGGAACAUUUUCUGUAAAAUCUUCUCAAUACAACAUCCUCCUAGUCAGGUACACACUGUGUGGGAGGUGAGGGUCAGCUGCGAGGAGGAGUUCACUGAAAUGGAUAGUACAAUCUUGUUACAAUAGCUCUACGAAUUACUCUGAAACAAGCAUAUUAGGGUAUAAAAGAGGGUAAAAAGCUGACAUCCCCUCCCCCCAGUAGGUAUUGUUCUGUUCACUGCUUCCUUUGUUGUUGGAGAUUUCCUUUUAAAUGUGGGGUGUUUUUUUUUAAUCUCAGGGUAGUUCCCUGUCUUCUGUGACUCUUAUCUAACAUAAUCACAGGAAGAAAAUUAUUCCAAUUUCGUGAACAGAUAAAUAAGCAAAAAAUCCAAAGCCCACCACAACAAAGUGAACAUGUAAGCUUGCAUCCUAGAAUCGGUGCCCUUCCUCAUUUUAAAGAGGAAGAGGUGACAACUGGCUUUCUAGAAUCUUAUUUUAAAAUACCCCUCGCUAAAAAUAAGUUGGGUGUUUUUUUUUUUUUGCAGCUAAAGUCAAAUAUUUCAUAGUAGCUUAGUCUUUUGUGGUAUCACAUAGGAGGUUUCCCUAAAGA